UAGUCCCGCUCCUUGUUUGUUUUCCUUGAAUGUUAACGGUCUGACAAAUUUCGUCUUUCUUUUUCUUUGAUUUCUUGAAGUUUUUUUUGGAAACCUUCAACGGUUAGACUACUCGUCUGUAACAAAAUGAACAGAAUUCUUCUCGGCAUCUUUGCAGUUGUGCUGCUCUUUACAAUUGGGCACGCUCUGCAGUGUUAUAAUUGUGACUUGGGUUUGGCGAGCCUGUGCAUCACUACCAAGAUAACGUGCAAAACGGGCGAGCAGUGCUUCAGCGGGAAGGGCAAAGCAGUCGGAUUCGUGCCCAUCACUCAGAAGGGCUGCCUGGCCGAUGCCGAAUGCAACAAGGUGUCGAACGUGACGUUCGGUGAUAACCACGCCGUGUACACCACGAACCGGACCUGCUGCAACCAGGACCUGUGUAACUCCUCCCCCCGCCUGGCGGCCCCCGCCCUCCUCCCCCUCACCGUGGCCACCAUCUCCGCCUCCCUGCUGAUGUCCAGAACGCUGGUCUGAGCCCCACCCCCCCAUUGCACCAGCACUGAAAACCCCUACCUGAUUCCCCUGGGUUAAAAUCUCUUCCUGUUACUCUACCAUGCUAGACCCCUGUACCUCCUUUCCAGCCUUGAAAAAAAAGUAAAUUUUGUGUGCAAUGGGUAACUGACCCCUUCAGAUCUACCAAAUUUUUGCUUAUAAUUGUUCAUUUUGACACUUCUCUUGGCUUAAAACAAUAAAUGGCAAUUGAAAAAAUCUAAUCUGUCAAUCAAAUGUCAAUGUUAGCACCCUGGAGGGUCAGUUUUGAGCAGCCUGCUCUAGAUUCCGCUUCCCUGUUCUAGAUUACGCUCUCAUGCUAUAGAUUCUGCUCCCUGCUCUACAUUCCGCUCCCUACUCUAGAUUCCGCUCCCUGCUCUGCAUUCUGCUCCCUGCUCCAGAUUCCGCUCUCAUGCUGUAGAUUCCACUCUCAUGCUGUAGAUUCCGCUCCCUGCUCCAGAUUCCGCUUCCUGCUCUAGAUUCCACUCCCCUAGAAACCACAUGGUUUAACACCCCACACCACCACCUCACCCUUCAAAAAAGUUUUUUGUUUUGAUUUUGUGGUCUCAAAUCCCAGGACCGUUCCCCCGCCUCCCCCUCCGCAGUGCCGCACUACUUUGAGAGCGCAUAAUGCCUGUAUUUAUAUUGGAGAAGAAUCAAUCUUUACUUGCAAAAGGGGCUGUCUUAAAUAUUGAUCUAACUGGGGACUUGCCAUAUUUUUUAACGAAACAAAAUAAAAGCUCUUCAGCAUUUAGCGAGAUCGUUCCCUUUUUGGAGUUUUUGUUUUCUUUAGUGUCACUGUGCAGGUUGAUUUGGAGUUACUUGAAGCGCAUGUUUUGCUUUUAACAACAAGCCCAGACUCAUCCCUAUUGCAUCAGAUUGUAAAGAUGCCAAGUUGUCAGAAAAUUAUCUAAAAGUAUCUAAAAUAUCCUUUAUCGCACACAAAAACCAAUCAAAGAACUGUCAAAAACAUACAAUAAACCUGAAAAGGUAUCAAAAACUCCUGAAAGUGAACUAUCCCCCCUAAAAUAAUUUCAACAAAAACUGCUGUACUGAAAGUGAUGUUUGCAGCCUAGGUUGACAAUGGCAGGACUGAUUUUGUACAAGUUUUUGCUUUUUAAAUUUUGUACAACUUUUGCUUUUUAAAUUUUGUACAACUUUUGCUUUUUUAAAUUUGAACCUUUUGAAAAUGGAAAACCUGUAUAUUUUUAAUGAGUCUUAAACUGGGUGUGUAAAUGAUUCAAUAAAGGUGUGAAUUUC